CAGCAGACCAGCUGAAAUCACAAAAUUAGGCUGAUCUCGUUGUCCUCAACAGUGUGGAGCUAAUGAUCUGAUUUCAGUUCCUUUUUUUAACUUUUGCUUACUUUUUUUUAAAUUCCUCUCUCGGUUGCUCAGUUACUACGGUCGUAAUGGCUGACAACGCCGAGGUUACACCUGCCGUGAGCAGCCAGACUCCUGGGAAAGAGGAGCAGGGCGGAGGAGAAGGUGGAGGAGGCUCAGAGACGGAUGCAGGAGGUGGUUUGACUGAUGCUCAGAGAGAGGUGCUGGAGAGAUGUCUGCAUGCUCUCAGACAGGCUCAGAAUGACAGUCACACACUGGCUGCUCUUCUGCUGAUAACUCGACUGUGCCCUGCAAACCAGCUUGACAAACCCACCUUAAGGCGCAUCUUCGAGGCCGUGGGUCUGAACCUUCCUGCUCGGCUUUUGGUGACAGCAGUCAGAGGGAGCGACAACUCCGGCUUACCCCCACAGGAGCUCCUCUCACUGGGCACGGCUCUGUUGGCUGCCCUGAGCACAGAUCCAGAUAUGGCCUCCCAUCCCCAGCUCCUCACCACCGUCCCACUCCUGCUGGGCAUUGUAGCAAAUGGUCCUGUGAACCAGCAGAAACAGGAACAGAACCAGGAUGGAGAGAUGAGUCCAGGUUGUAAAUCAGCAGAGAGUUCAAACACAGAAAGUAAUCCUACCAAUGUGGCAAAAUUAGGAGAAGGUAAGACCAGCAAGCAAAAGGGUGAUGGCAGUGAAGCAAACAAAGAAUCAACAUGUCAAGAAACCUCCACGUCCUCCAAGCUGGAUGAGGCCAUGGCUGCUGACUGCUACCAGGUCCUCACAGCUGUGCGUGCGUUACCCAGAGGUGCCGACCAGCUGUUGAGCAGAGGCGCCAUUCCCGCUCUGUGCCAAGCAGUGCAACAAAACCAGACUUUCAGCCGUGAGAGGGGGCUCGCCUUGCUUGCUUGCCUUCUCGCAGGUAAAAAUAAAGACAAAGUGUGGAGUAAACACUCGGCAGAACUCCUCUCUCUGCUGGUCAGGCUCUCCAAAGACUUCUGCAAAGCCACAGACCAGACCAAGCUUGACAUGUGUGCCCAGUUGGUGCAGUUUCUUCCCCCAGUAGGAGUGGCAGUAGACAGUGAGGAGCUGAAGGGGGUCGUGGCCCGCGUAUGGGGGGCAUUGAGACCCAUGUUGCAGGCUAAGUUGACCCCGAGACAGAUCGGACCGAUCCUGGUCCUCUGUGCUUGUCUGCUGGAUUUGCACGGGUGGGAGCUGGUGGGACCACCAAAGUUCUGCUGCUUACUGGUGAACCGAGCCUGUGUGGAGGUCAGGAUGGGUUUGGAGGAGCCACCUGGUAACGAUCUGAGCCCAGAGCUGCAGCACACACUCACAGGCUGUUAUCGAAUCAUGGAGGCUGCCAUAGAGCAGGCCUGCUGUCUGGGAGUGUCGCAGACGACAGUGCCGACUCAGAGCUCCAUCCCUUCGCUCAGUCUGCAGCAGAGCAGGCAGGUCCUCGGGGUGCUGGAGGAGGCCUUCUCCGCUUUAAUGUAUCACCUGCAGCAGGUGGAUCCAAGUCGCUAUGGUGACCCGUUUAUUUUUGCCACUUUCCGCUCUCUGUGCUCGUGGCUGGCUGAGGAGACGUCCUGUCUGAAGGAGGAAGUGACUGCACUGUUGCCGUUCUUGAUCAGCUACUCUCGGAGCCAUCUGCAGGGCGAGAGCACAGAGCAGGGCCUCUCUGACUGGAUGGCUGAGAUGUCCGUUAGAGAGGAGAAGGAGGCGUGGACCGGCAAAGAAGCUCUGAGGUAUCUCCUCCCCGCUCUGUGCCACCUGUCAGCGGAGGAAGGCCCCAGGAAGGUGCUGCUCACCCUCGACACCCCGGCCCUGCUGGUGGACUUUCUGUCACAGUGCUGGUCUUCCCUCAAAGGGAAAAGUGGAGCGGUGUCGGCCAGGAAUCCCAGCAUGGAGACCGCCUGCUCAGCCCUCCUCAACUUCACCGUCACAGAGCCCGAGAGAGUCAGGAAGGACCCGUGUUUCAGGACGCUGGAGGCCCUUCUGAGUGCAGCACUUCCUGUCUUGGUUCAUAAACCCCACCUGCUGGUCCUAGCAGCCAAUUACUGCACGUUGGGUCUGAUGAUGGGUAGACUCAAAUCAACUCCCUCAGACUCAGUCGAAGCCAGCCAGAGACGGUUCUUCUCCUCAGCUCUCCGGUUCCUCCGCAGCGCCCUGGACUCUGGCUCCAGCUCCGGUCCGGUGAAGGUGAGCCUCAGCUGGGAGGAAAGCUGGGACGAUGCAGCAGAGCUCUGGAGGUUGGGUCUGCAGGCGCUGGGAGGCUGCGUCCGCGCUCAGCCCUGGAUCACCGCCCUGGUCAGAGAGGAAGGUUGGCUCAAACACACACUCACCAUGCUGAGUCAAUGUAGCGCACUGCCUGACCAGCACACACAGGAGGCGCUAGAGGAGGCCCUGUGCGCCGUGGCAGACCAGUGCCCAGUGUGUAAACUGGAGAUUGGAGACAUGAUGAGGAGUGGUAAAGGAGCUUUGGUCUCUAUGAGGAACCUGAAGAAAUCAGUAGAGUUGAACAUGAAGCAAUAAAGAAGAAAGCCAAAGUUGUGUGUUUAAUACUUGCGCCAAUCUGAAGUGAAUAAUGUGUGACCCGCUGCUGCAGACUUUAUUGUGAGAAAAAGAUGAAAGGCCCCACAUAAUGCUGAGAGGGCUGGGUAUCAUCACUCGAUACUGACCGAAAUAACUCAGUAUUAAGUAGUACUAAAACUUCUUCUGUCAAAUGAUACCUGCAUUUCAACGUUUUUUGUACCCAAAUCUGUUUAAAAAAAUGGCUUUGUGUAUGGGUUUCUUGCAGCCAGUCACUGCAAGCUUCCUAUUGCACUCUGUUUGUGACAGUGUCACUGUAAGAGUACUGGUAUCAUCAUUUCUUAAACAACACCCAGCCCUAGCUGCUGGUCCUGUGAUUUUUAAAAUGAGCUUGUAUUGAAAAGACAGCACUCAAAAUUAAUAUUUUUUUUGUGUAAUGCAGAUGUUCAUACUGCGCCCUGAAAACAGUUUGUUACAUGUCAAUAGUAAAAUGUUAAUUUCUUUAAUAAAAACAAAUUUGUGAGAAAACCAA